AUUUUCAAGAUUGCCGGCGUCACCCGGAAGUAAACAGUGCUUACCGGAAGCGUACAGUAGGAAAAUGGGUGUAACGUGUGUGUGUCAGGUGCCUGUGACUGAAGGGAAGAGCGUUCAACAAACCGUUGAUAUGCUACAUAAAAAACUGGAGCAGCUUGGAGCUGUUAAACAGGGAAACUUCUGGGUGGACUGUGAGACGUACCACACAACAGGAAACACAACCGGUCAGCCAUCGAAACUUCUGUACGUGAUGCAUAAUUCAGAGACACCACUGAGCUGCAUGGCUCUGUUUGAGGGUGGACCGUAUCUCACCGCCGACACAAACUUUGACGUUCUGAUGGUGAAACUAAAGAGUCACUUUCAGAACGCCAAGGCUCAUAAGGUGGAGAGUCGAGGUGCUCGCUAUCGCUACUGUGACUUUUUGGUGAAGGUUGGCACCAUCACCAUGAGCUCCAGUGCCAGAGGGAUUUCAGUGGAGGUGGAGUACUGUGCUUGUGUGAUUCCUGGUGACUGCUCGAACCUCAUAAAGGAGUUCAUGCAAAGCUUUCUGGGCUCAAAUGCCCCUGAGCUCCCCAUAACUAAACCAGAUGGUCAACUUUAUACACCUGUGGACUGUAUGGACACUAUGAUCCAGUACCUUGAGCUCUUCAACAAAGUUCGCAAACAACAGGUGCUACCGGGCAGCGGUGUACGCUGAGGAAAUACACCUCAACCAAGAUCAUGAAAAACAAGACUUUAGAUCUACAGACAGUCCUGUUUGAAUUUUGUGAGAGAAGACUUUAUAGUAAAACAAACUAUGAUUGUUUGUCAUAGGAUUAACUCAUGUUGGUUUGUAAAUAAUAUGUAAAGAAUGUUGCCCUUGUUUGAUUUUUUUACACUAUUUUUACAUACAAUUUGUAAAAUAAACAGUUUGCUUUUGUUUAAAUGUAAUGAUUUAGUUUAGGAUCAAUACAUCAAUCCAUUGGAAUUUGUAUAGCAAUGUCGCAUUUGCAUUAAACGAAUGAAGAACA